AAUUCCGUUUCCUCGCUCGCAAUAAGUUCCUUUCGCGCUGCGCUGCUGCAGGCAACCCGCACACAUACAUCUCUACGCUUUGCUGUGAACGUGUAUAGUUAUAGCAACGAAUUUUAGUACCAGAAAGAGAGAGAGAGAGAGAGAGAGAGAGAGAGAGAGAGCCGAGCGAGCGCACAGCGGCUGCAGCGGCUAUAACGACGACACAUAGUGGCCAUCCAGUAUAGCUGCAGCUUUUCAGUAGUAGUUUGUCUGGGUGCCUGUGUGCGCGAGGGAGACGGCGGGUUGGAUAUUGGUGAUGCGGACGGUGCCAAGUGUUAGCGCGAUAUGUCGUCGCAAGUAUAGGUAGUGUGUGCACAGGAUCAUCCCGAGGAAUAUAAGAAGAGAGAGUGAGAGAGAGAGAGAGAGAGAGAGGAGCUGCUGCGCUCGCGCACACAUGAAAUUCGCGCUCUGCGCCCAUCCUCGUCAUCGUCGUCAUCCAGUAACUGGCUACAAAGGGACUUUAAAAAAGAAGGGGAGAGUGUGCAGGCAGCACACCGAGUAGAGAGAGAGAGAGAGAGAGAGAGAGAGAGAGAGAGAGAGAGAGGGAGAGGAAGAGCCCCAUCAGUCGCUGCUGCAGCUACGUCCAUCAAGCUGCUGCGCCUGUUGUUCUCUCCUGCCCUGCAGGUUCGUCAUCGCCAGACUCGUCUCCGCGACGGACGACGAGAAAACAGAAGUAAAGCUUAUUAAUAAAAAUCAGAAUAAAUGGGUAAAACAACAAAGAAACCUGAGCUGUAUCACAACAGUCAGUCACAAAAUGUCCUGCGUAACUUGAUGCUGCGCGACUGUGGCCUGCGCACCACUCAUAGAACAAGUACCAAGGAAUUUGAACCCAUUGCAGAAACAAACUUUAUUCUUAAGAAAUUGAAAGAAUUGAAAUGCGAUUUACCAGGCGUGCCUCGAACUACUUUUUUGAUGGUUUUCAGUCCUGAUGGCACAAAAGUGGCAUCUACUCAUGGAAAUCACAAAAUCUACAUUACAGACCUGACAACUGGAAAGAAUGUAAGAAUUCUGUCUGGUCAUUUACGCACACCUUGGUGUAUAGCAUUUCACCCCACUUCAAAUGAAAUUUUGGCUUCUGGAUGUCUAGGAGGUCAAGUUCGUAUCUGGGAUCUUAGUGGAGGUAGUGAAGUUUGGAUGUCAAAAAAUCCCAUUGCUUCAUUAGCUUUUCAUCCAGUAGAUAGAUUGCUUGCUAUUGCCACAUACAAUGAAGUACACUUUUGGGAUUGGAAUGAACCAACACCAUUCACGUUUAUCACCACAAAAAACUAUAAAGAAAAAGUUCGAUAUGUAGCUUUUGACAAUUUAGGGAGAAAAUUGAUCACAGGAAUAGCUAAUCCUCAGAAUAUUCCAGACAGACCUCGAGUGGAACAUCUUAUUAGAUCCAUCCCACUUUCGAGAAGUGAACGCAUCACGGCACACAGGUUUUCAGUAGCACCAUCACCACGAGUCGCACGUUCGGCAUUCCCACACCAGGAGCCCGAUUCAAAUAGCACUCGAUCUAGACCGGAUAUUGUUUUUGAGAGAAUACCUAACGAGGAUCGAGUAGGAAGUCCCUCCACUUCUAGUACCAAUAACAACGUAGCCAACGGUAUUCCGCGAAACACUGGCUAUAUAAUCGAUCGCUAUCCACCUAGGAGCAUUACGUGGACUCCAUUUUCUCUCCAAACUCGCCUGUCUAUGCCAUCAGCGAGUACCGGCAACAGCAGAUCUAGCGUGCCUAAUAUCGUCAUCGAAAGAAUACCUGAUGAGGAUCGGAGCAACACGCCUCCGAUCGCUAACAACAAUUCGAAUAACGUAAGACCCGAGGAGUCAGAUGACGAAAGCAAUGACGAAGAGUUCUUCAACACGUUUGAUAGGCAUCUGAGAUUUCGGCGGAGUAGAUUAAGAAAUAGACGGCAGAGGAGCCUUGGGUAUCGUUUAAGAGAACAACUUAUUAAUCACAUGAAUCGAGAUCGAGAUGCACCCUCAACAAGUACAAAUAGCACGAGCAAUUCUAGCGGGACUACGAACAAUUACUUCCUCGCCGAAGCAUUUGCACAGAUGCUUCGCAACAUUUUGAAUUUCAAUGCUCAAGAGACAAAUGUCUGUCUUGAAAGGUUGCAGCGUAAUCUGCGUCUACUCAUGGAGGAAUCUAAUCAGAUUCUAGUUCACGUGGGCAUGCGCAUCCUACGCGGGGAUCUGCACGACACUGAACAGAACAACAGCACAUGCUUACAGGACCUCUACAGACUACGCAUUGGUUUGCGUUCGCGAAUCUCAGUAAUGACAGGCCUCGCAGCUGGCAAUCGUAAUCCUCGGUUACAGGCCUUCCUAAACGUCCUUAACGAAGAAGUACAGGCUCUCAAUAAUAUGGAGGGACAACUUAUCAAUACGAACUUUCGCAUCGAGACGCUCAGAGGUGAGUUGUCGUCAUUCAUGGAUGAGCUGCGAUUUCGACAGUCAAAUCAAGUAGCCGCAAACUUAACUGCAAGCACGACCGCCCGGCCUAGCGAUGGACCAGUAGCUGCAACUAGCUCUGCGACUCCUGAAACCUCACAGCCGCAAACGACGUCGGAAGAACCAAGAUCUGCCAGUAUCGAAGAGACCAGAAGAACUACGCCAGCACGUACCGGUACCAGAAGGCCUUGGGAGGACACUAACGAUGAUGAGCAACCACGUGUAACCAGGCGCAGAUUAGAUAACGACUUUGAAAUACGACUAGAUGAUAUUGGACCUGAUUGGCUCAACACAGGCUUUGCAUCAAGUUCGCCAUCAAGUGAAGACAGUGGUUUAAGUGCUAGUGGUGGUACCGGCGGUAACGCUGAUUCAUCGUCAACUCAACAACGAGGCUCUCUCAACUUUUCCGUGUCUUCUCGUUCGGCUUUUCAUCCCACACGUUCGAGCAGCCAGCGUAAUAAUAGUGAUAAUCGUAGCGAUGAUCGAGGUCCUUCAACAUCCUCUGGUCGUGCAGAGCCCACAGCUCCUUCAGCGACGGCAACAGCAGGACGUAGUUCUGCUAACAAUACUAAUACUGCCACCGCCAGUAGUACCAGUGACUUCAAUGGUUUAAGCACUCGGCGAACGUCACGUAUUGUCCGAAGCGCUCAACGUUUAUUUCAGAAUAACUUUGACAUAUUCUGGGAUUCGUUUCAGCGCUACCUAAACUCAAUCGGUAUCGACGAACAGGCUCCUGCCACUAGUAGUAACAACAAUGAUAACCAUGAAAAUGCCGGUGAGCAAUCGGAGAAUGGUUAUUGGCUACUUGAAGAGAACAGUAACUCGGAUUCGAAUCAUGAGGAACCACCUGGAGUCACUAGUGCGGCUCCUGGUCCAAGACGUCGACGAGCUAGUCGCUGGAUACAGCUUGAUUCUUCGAGUAGAAAUGCUAAUACGACCAAUGAUCAGCCAAUGACAUCAACGACUUCAGAUAACACAGCAAACAUAGCAAACGACUACUAUGGUCUAAGUCGGUUGUGCUUACGACUGCAAAACAUAAGUAACGUUAGUUUGCCAGAUCAAAAUUGUCUUUCUCCGAUCUCUGCGAGCUCAACGCGAUAUGAGCAGCCACCCUUAUUUCCCUUCAGAAGUCUGCGGGAAACCGUGAGUCAGCGCGCUGAAAUGAAUCAGGCCAAUGCCCUAGCCAGAGUUCAAAACUGUCAGACGUCGACUACCACCGCUGCCAGUACCAGUACCAGCACCAGCACUAGUAGCAGUAUGAAUUCAAGCAUGAGUACAAGUACUAGCAACAGUAAAAGUACUAACGCCCGUUCAAAUACUAGCUCUAAUACAAGUAUUAACGCCGGCGCAAGUAAUAGCGUUAAUACAAGUACUAACGUCGGUGCAAGUACUAGCGUUAAUACAAGUACUAACGUCGGUGCAAGUACUAGCGCUGGUACAAGUACUAUCACCAGUAUGGAUAUUAACGUGGGUGCAAGUACUAGCGCUGGUACAAGUGCUAUCACCAGUACGGGUAUUAACGUGGGUGCAAGUACUAGCGCUGGUACAAGUGCUAUCAACAGUACGGAUAUUAACGUGGGUGCAAGUACUAGCACCGGUACAAGUACUAGCUCUACUAAGAUUGCUGAGCCAUCGACAUCUGCAGAAGCAGUCCAGAAUAUUGCUAGCACCAGUACUAGCACAAGUAGUAGAACAAGAGAACAAGAAGUCGGCAACGUCGAUAGAUCCACGAAUACCGAUGAUCCGGCCGUAAGGAUCUUGGAGGGGGCUGUUAGAAGCAUCGGUGCCGCAGCUGAAAGAAUAGUUGGAUUCGAACAAGAUUUUCGGAAACUAAUGUUAUUUGGUCGGCACUUCAAUAAUAUUCAGAGUCUUUCUCGUGUUCGUUUGCAAAUCUUUCACUUGCAGCGAGUUCGUCGAAUGUGGGAAAGACUACAACGACGUAUCAAAGAUCUUGUGAAUACAAUAAAUGAUUGCGAUUCUUUCGAAGGGACGCACAAUAAUGAUAAAUCUCAACCAAGUACAAGCAGACAAGGAUCGUUUGCGCCCCAGACUUCAACUUCUGAUGUCGAAUCGCUAACAGAGCCAGCGCGUAAUUUUAAAAAAGCUUUGCUGGAUAAUUACAAAAGGGAAAAUAACGAGAAUGAAGCUGAUCAACCUCAACCGUCCACGUCUACGUCUACUACUUCAACAGCGUUAGACAGACAAGAAACGCCUGGCUCGUCACAACCCGAACCUAGCACAAGUAGUGAUGUUCCCGCAACUGGUAGCAAAGAAGCAUCGACUUCGACGAAUCUAUCAUUGCCAAGUGAGGCAGAGCUCAAUAAGAAACGUCAUGAAAUCCUUCGUGACUUCAUCAAUACAUUUUUCUCCAUAUACAACUUAAAAGAUGCGAAUUCUUUUACUCAGAUGCUAGGUUCCACAUUGCCGGGACCUUCGAAUGAUCAUACUUACUCAAAUCUAUCCAACAAUUAUAAUCCACUAUCUCGCAGUUUCGUGAAUUUAUCCACUAAUAACAGAACCACCGGCAAUAACAAUAAUAACGACAACAGUAAUAAUAGUAGCAACAACAUACAGCUACCAAGUACAUCAAGUCUCGUACAUGAUAUUUCGAGUAGUAUAUCAAGUCUCGUAAAUGAUAUUUCGAGUAGUAUGCCCAGCUCGUUACGCCUUCCCACAGUUGUAGACUUUUCGCCGUCUAGUAAUAACAAUCCAUCGUCUAGCGACGCCACUACCUCAAGAGCAGGAGAUGUCGGACCGAGUACAUCAACUGGUAAUAGUAAUGAUGCAGUGGCAGGAAGUUCUUCCUCGCAGAUAACGGACAGCUCAGCAUCGAGUAAUAUGUCCGAAUCUCCUACAAAUAGUACAAGUAUUCAAGAAAGACAGUCCAGGUAUCAAAGGGUUUGGCGCUACGGAAGAAGAAUGUAUCUUCGACGUCCUCGACUGCUCUCUGUAGGUCCGAGGAAUAUGAAACGUGUUGCGCGAAUGCAAAAUUUUAGUCACAUCUAUCGGCACUACGAUCAAUUACGAAGAAAUCAGCGUAAUCGUAAUACAGCUACUCCAAGUACCAGUACAGCUGCUGGCACUAGCACCACUACUGAUAAUACUGACCGUGAUCGUUCACAAUCCUUCGAAUCCUUCCAGUCUACGAUAAGCAGUUUACGCAAUUUGAUCCAGCAACGGAAUACGUGCAUGCACAGGAGACAGCAGCAGCAAUCCGCAAAUAGAGUCCCAGGAGCGUGCGGCGAUUUACAGAACAAGUUUGAGGACAUUUAUAGUGUCGCGGAGCGCUUAAAGGCUAGACUCAGUACGAUGGUACAGAAUCUGACAGAUUUCUUCCAGCAGAAUAGACGAGCAAUAGGUAGAGAUAACGUCUUGCGUGAGCAGAUAUUGGAGAUCUACGUAUUGCAAGGUCUUGGUCUGCAACUUACGGAUCUACUUCUUGAACAACUUUCUGCAACGAGGCGUAAUCUUGAAUCGAAUUAUUAUGGAUACGGUUCAUUGCUUUCGACAACGCAGCCAGUAGCUGAUAAUGCUCAGCCAUCGACCAGUACUGGAACAAGUACGACUAGUUCAGCUGAAGUUCUAACUUCUACUACUAAUACGAGCAGUAGUAAUGGGCCAACUGCAACGCCGGUAGCCAGCAAUAGUACCAAUACUGCGUCUGCAUCAGCGAGUACAUCUACAAAUAUAGCGGGCUCUUCUUCAUCGAAUAACAGUCCUAGAGAUACUUUGGCGAGAUUGUCGCGAUUGUUCGAGAUAAAUGAUACAACGUUAAGAACUGCAUCAAUGUUAGCUAAUACAUCCGUUGGAGUUGGAUCUGACUCUGUGAGUUCGACAAGUACGACGGCAAAUGCGUCAACGCUUAGUUUCGAGUCGGGCGAUAAUAAUGACAACAGUUUAGCGAAUGACUCUCGCAAUGAGAACGCUUUAUCGGCAGAAAUUCAGAGUAUCAUAGAGCGGAUUCAGAACAACACAAAUAAUGCCGUCGACUCAAGUCAGCGAUACCAAAGCAGAAGUGGGGCAAACACUCGCUUCGACAAUGACAGUGAUGAUCGCGAGGAUGACGAAUAUGCACCCAGUGUAUCAAACCCUCCGAACAGUGAUGAUCCGAUUCAGAACCGAGAGUCUGGACGGACAUGGCCGACAAACACAACUAAUCCACCUUCCAUUGGCCUGUUUAGACGGAGUCCCCUUGAACGCUUAAUGAUAAUUCAACGUUGUCAUGCGCUACAUCGUAGACUACAAUACUUGUUGGGCAAUAACAAUUCGAAUAGCAAUAACACUAGUGAUGCCAACACGUCUAGUUUACCUGAACGGGGCCGCCAUCCAGACUUCAGUACAUUCUUCAAUUCGCGCAGUGAUGGUCUCAAUCCCAUGUCCGGGGCCAGUGCCGCUGCUGGUUCACCUUCAGCUGCAUUGCGACAGUACCUAAAUGUACCAGUGAUACGCAUCAACAACUUACCUGUUGAUAGCUCUUGGGGACCUCCGUCCCCGCCACUUAUUCGCCGACGCCGGCCCAGUCGCUCUAGUUCUUUUAGAGGCGACAGGAGUAGCGCUACCAUGAGCAAUGCGGCCAGUUCCACUGCACCCAACAACGACUCAGGCUACCAUUCCGCGUCUUCUUUAUAUUUGAACAGUAUUAGGAGACAGAUUCAACAAAUUCAACAAAGGGUCUAUACACAGGCUUCAUGGAGAGAUGUGUGGAGAGAUGGCUUAGUAUCCCGAGCACAAUCAUUGUUCAGAGCUGGUGAAGGUUCAAGUGGAGGACAGGAUCCUGAAAAUGAUAGCGACGACGUCGAAAUUAGGGAGCAUCAAAUUAAUAUGACAUUCAACGGACUUGAAAUUCAAAGUUACAGAAUACAAGCAUGGGAUUUUUCCAGUAUUCCUGAAAUUCAUGAUUCAAAGAAAAAUGUGAUAGUUCGUGAUUGUAAAAUUCAUAAUGAUGCCAGUAUUGAUAUAUCAUCUGACGGAACAUUAUUAGCAACAUUAAUGCCAACGGGGAAUUAUAGUUCAACUACAACCAUAGGUGUAUAUAGUUUACAAUGGGAGUCGCUGGGCCAAAAGGUGUACUCAACGCAAACAGAUCAGACAGUCAUUUCCGUAUCGAUGUCACCUACCAAGCAACAUCUCCUAGUAGGCCUGGCUUCGCGUCGUAUUCCUUUACCGACCCGUCCGAUUCCUAUGGCUCUUAUUUAUAAACUCGUCGAUCCCGAGACUGAUCCGAUCGAUUCUGGCAACAUAAACGCUCCACAACGUCCGGACUAUUCUUCACGCCAUGCUGAAUAUAUAUGCAUCAUUAACAACUACAUCAAUGAUUUGCGUAGACUAAGAACUAACGAUGAACAGCAACAAAAUGGAAAUCAGUCUCAACAGCAGCGAAAUGGAAAUCAACAACAACCGCCUCAGCAAAAUGGCGAGGUACCGGAUAGGCUUAGUAGAUUGACAAGAGUCGCUUUAGCUGCAAUGAAUUCUAGAACGCCACUCUACCCCGAUGCGAGUGACGGCAAACCUAAUCGAAAAAGUAUGAUACUGUUGCGUGAAUUGCUGCAAAAUCGCGAGACUCCAAGCUACAUGAGUUUAAAUUGUAUUAGAUGGGCCCCGCAACCGGGUCAAGGUAUGGUUUAUGCCACUAACACUGGCUUGUUGAAUAUAUUGUAUUGAGAGAGCUACUUUAAUCCCUAUUCUCUCUUGAGCAAGAUUUGAGUUUAUGAGCAAGUUUUUCGAAGCGUUUAGUAGGAAAUAAUGCUUUUAUUGUGUGAUACGGGAAACCAUGAUUUAUCAUGGUUUCUGGUGGUUAUAUUUAAAAAUGGAUGACGAAUUGUGUAGUACGACUGCUGCAAAGAUGUUGAUGGGACAUCUUGAAACAUUAUUCAAGCAAAUUGUAAAAAAUCAAAGUUAUAGUUAAUUAGAACUAUGGCGUCUAUUAAUGAAAGAGUACGACAGCCGGUUACCUUUCCCACCUAUGAGGCGACUAAUAUUAAGAGAAAUUUAUCGAUUCUGCAUAUAAGCAUUAAUUCGAGUCAGAUAGGAAACAUUUGAUUAGUAAGACCUCUAUGGAAGUAAUAUAUUUUACUCUUGAUAGAUUAGAAAUUGUAGCAUAAAAACACUUGGCAUACAUGAAAUCUUGAUAUUUUAUCACUAACAGUCAGUCCCGAUCUUAUUAUGCACAUACUACAUUAUCAGAAAAAGGGUGGAGCGCGGAAUUUAUUGCGGGGCUGUGCCUUAUCAAUCUGUUCAUUUCUAAGUUCUAUUCUAACAAUAAGGAAACAUGAUUUAAAGUUUAUCGUAGAACUAUUGUAUAAAUAACAAAAUGAUAAAAUAACGAUAAGUGAGGUGUUAUUUUAACUGUAAUAACGAAAUGCAUUCGAAGUUAAUGCGUGUGUUGUAAUAACUUCUAAGAUUUUGUAACGUAUUAUUUAAGCCGUACUUUAUGAUCAUAUGCUGUUUUUACUGUCAGACUGAAUUAAAAUUGCGAUCUGAGUAUUUUUUUUUUGUUUUUUUUUUAAUUAUAUUGCAAUAUACUUUUGUGAUAGCGAUUAGAAGUGUAGAUUGUUGCAUUAAUUUGCAAUGUGUUAAUAUUCCAAAGUUUUCUCUUCUUUUAUUAUUCUCAACAAUAAUUUGCGUCAUUGCUGAGAACUGCAUUAAACCUUAUCGCUAUGAAUUUCUUGUGCCAUUUGAUUAUCCUAAUUAUUUUAUGCAACAGGGUGUUUUUUUACAUGAUUCUCAGUAAAAUUUGGUUCUAUUACGAAAUAUAAAAGUAUAUGUUUACAUAUAAUAGUAGUCUGCAACUUAUACAAAAGUAUUUAAAAUAUUGCCAUACUGCAUAAUGUUUAAUGUCUUGCAUCUCGGAAUAUUUCAAUACGAUAAUGCAUAUGUAAAUGUAUUUUUUGUAGACAAGGAACGAUCAUGUGUAAGGUACUAACUAAAUGAAAAGUAAUUCUUUUUAUUUGAAAUCAUUUUAAAGUUUUUCUUGUAAAUACACCAUAAUCGAGUUCCUAAUUCAUUAACAAUUUUUUAAUAUUGUUUAACAAAAAAAAAUAUAUAUAUAUAAAUAUAAAAAAUUAAAAAAAACAACGAGAUGCUACUUAUAACAGUAACACACUGACCGUUCCGCGACUGUGAGACCAAAUCAAUCUUUUGCUUUUUAUAUGAAUAUUUAAAAUGCCAAUAAAUUGGUGAUAUAAAAA